CAUGUCAGAUGUCCAGUUUUAAUGCAAUUAAGCAGAACCCAUGGACUCCAGGCUUUACGCCUCCGGCCCGUUGGUCGGUGCAUUGCCUAUCGCUCCGUACAGUGUACCUCUCGGUCAUCAUUAUGCCCGACUUCGGCCUGGUGUACCCCCUUCUUACAGUAUCGAAGGUAUUCUAGGGGUACAGCCUCCGUUUGUUGCAAGUGUACCAGAAUCACCGGCUGUUCAAAGAACUCCACAAAGAAUUCUAACGUCUCCUUCGGGGAAAUCAAACAAUCCAAAGAAAGCUUCUCCUACUCCAAAUGGCAUAUCAUCGGAAGAAAGAGAGAGGAGGAGAACUCAAGAGGAGGAUGAAGACGAAGAGGAAAAAAGGAGAAGGACGCGAACUAACUUCAACGGAUGGCAGCUGGAGGAAUUAGAGAAAGCUUUUGAAGCGUCUCACUAUCCUGAUGUUUUUAUGAGAGAGGCUUUGGCCUCGAGACUCGAUCUUGUCGAAUCUCGGGUUCAGGUGUGGUUUCAAAAUCGCCGAGCAAAGUGGCGGAAAAAAGAGAAUACAAAAAAGGGUCCCGGGCGUCCAGCUCACAAUGCCCAUCCUCAGACUUGUUCUGGAGAGCCGAUACCCCCAGCUGAAAUAGCGCGAAGAGAUCGAGACAGGAAGGAAAAAAAACUUCGGAAGCAAUUGGAAAGGCAAGCAAAACGCUUACAGCAGCAGCAAAAAAUCGGUAAAGGUGGUUCUAGUGGCAUGGCUGAGUCAGUGCGACAAACAUUAAGUGAUCUAGUUCGUCUAAAUCCUUGUAAAGAUGCCGAAUCUCUACUUGGAACAGAGCUACAUCUAUUACUGGAUGGGAUGGGAUUCAGAUUGCCACAAGUUUCAGGUACAAUGUCAUAUUCAACUGAAAACAGUGAUCAUCUUGACUAUUCCGAUGACGAUGGAGACAAUACAAACGAUACUACCGAAGAUCACCCUCACACCUCAUCCUCCAUGACACCCACCAAAGACCAAUCAUUAGACAUUCACAAAUCCAAAAACCCUUUUAGCAUUGCAAACAUCCUAGCUUCCGACAGCAAUCGAAAAAGGGUCCAUUCCCAAUACAUGCAUCCCUAUCCAGUCAUGCUCCAACAACCAGCCGGAUUCCUGGUUGCACAGAGAAGUGAAAAUCUAUCCCCCAUGGGCCGAAGAACCAGCCUGACAGAUAGUUAUGUUAGUAGCUGUGGAUCUUCCCCCAUCAGCACAGAUCGAGAUGAUUACGAAAUGCCAUCUCCAUCUUCCUCUGCUACAAAUCAUCCGUUGCUGAAUCCUGGAUAAAAGAGAUUAAGAUUUUAUUUUGAUGGUUUUGGCUUGUCAUUUACUCCGAAUUCAACAUUUGUCUGGUCAUUCGUAAAUCGUCAUUCUUUGGACUUAAAAGUGAAUGAAUGCGUAAUUGAAUAAAGAAAAAAAAAGGUGAGGGAUUUGUUCAGACCUAAAUCUUUUCCUCUUGGUCUGUGCUUGCUUGAGGUGAUUAUCUCUGAUUAUUGAAAGUAAUAAUCGAGUUGCAAAAUAAAAAUUUGCUUUUAAAUUAUUAAUCAUAAUAUGAAAUCUUGAAUGCGGUUGUAUAAAAAAAUUUACCUUUGAUUUGAAACUUUACUUUUUAAAUUAUACGAAGAUACUUGAUGGGUUUUAAAAUGUUGGAUACCAAUAGAUUUUGAAGCUAUAUUAAAAAAAAUCAUCUCACGAAAUGUUAAAGGCCCUUUUCCCAUCUUGGAUUUUAAGUUAAACAACGGCAUGAUUUCUUGCACAUAUUGUUAAAAGCCCUUUUUUUCACCAUCUUGUAUUACAGGUUAGAUUAUUGAUUUCUUUCAUGGGCUUUAAGAGCUUUUUUCUCUUCUUGCUACGCGAUGUUUUUGCUCGUUACAAACUUUUAAUGGCAGUGAAUCAUUCGUUAGCUCAAAAACGUGCAUUAAUAAAUUUUGACAUUUACAUCUCAAUUGUAAAAUAACAGGUAUUGAGUAACAAGUAUUAAGAUAUUCGUUCUUCAAAGAUAAUCAUCAAAAGCAACAGUUUUAAUCAUGUAAUGUUUGGAACCUUUUUUUGCAGUCAUGAGAAAUUCCAUCAUGAAUGUAAACGUGUCAUGAAUAAAUAUUGUAUGUCGUAAAGACGAGUGUAUAUAUGUGUCUGUAUAGAAAUUUUCAUGUAUAAAGUAUUUCAUUUUA